AUGAUGAAGGGCAUUGUGAUCUCAAUGUUGGUUGUGCUAGCCAUGGCUCAUCUAAUGGUGCAGCAAGGAGAGGCCAUUGUCAAUUGUGGCCAAGUGGACUCGAACUUGGCACCUUGCAUUUCCUACCUGUCCAAACGGGGUAGUCUUGACCCUGCUUGCUGCGCUGGGGUGCAAAAUAUCAAGAACCUCGCCCAAACCACAGCUGAUAAGCAAGCCGCUUGCGAAUGCUGUAUGGCAGCGAGAACCGCUUCCCCAAUGUUAACGAAGUUACAGCUUCUACUCUCCCAGGUCAUAUAUAUAAACUUACUGACAUUUCCCUUUUUCUCGGACCAGCAUAAACUUGAUAACAGUUCUUACUAA